UAAACUACAGGGAUGUCACUGUUAGUUAGAAUUUUCAAGCGUGCCAAUUUACAAAAAGUAUUCUGCUUGUGGGUCCUCUUCACGAGUUUCUAUAUUGUCUUCCUAUUUCAGAUAGAACAAAAUUUAGUGGUCACUUUUGACCUAAAUAGCAGAAAUGAGUCCGGCAGAAAACUUUGGAGUAUUCAAGACAUUAUACAACAAGGUAAUAGUUUGUGGCAAUUCUUAAAAAUCGAGCUAUCAGAAAUGCGUUGGGUCUUAAGCUUCAUGAAAGAGACUAAUGAGCUUAAUAUAUCGUUUAAGAAGAAAAGACACAAAGUAAAAAUUAGUAGGAUCAGGUCUUCCCAUGAAAAAUUUGUCGAAAGAAUUGAAAACAAUUUUAUUAGGGGCUGCUAUAUGGAAAAUCCACUGCUUAUAAAUAACUUAAAGAGACAUCGACUUUCGCGAAAAAAUAAAACAAUAAGGCGAAUUUAUCGUCGAACGAACCUCGAUUCUACCGUUUGGAAUUUGAGUGGCAGCAAGUUGAAUGGAGUUUUUAUUGAAAUUGGAGCUGGAAACGGCCAGAGGCGCUCAAGAACGGCGUGGCUUGAGGCGGCGAAAAACUGGUCCGGGUUGCUCAUAGAAGCCGAUCCCCUUUUGAAAGAAUUCUUGUCUUGGUCUGGCCGAAAAGCCGACAUCUAUCCAACCUGCGUCGGACUCGGAAAAUACUCAUACACCGGGGCUUUCGGCUGGUUGCCGAACUACCAAAGCCGCCUGCUGGACGAGGAAUGGGCCAUUUUGGAAACGAUAGAGGAUGUUUGUUGCUAUCCUUUGUACACGUACAUCCUUGCCGCCAAGUACAGGCAUAUAGAUUUAAUCAGCCUGGAUAUCAACGGAAACGAAAUCAAAGUCUUGAAGACGAUACCAUGGAAGAAAAUCUCCAUUAAUAUUAUCCUGGUGCGAUACUUGAACAAUGAUAGUCGAGAACAACUCAUUCAGUAUUUGACGAAAUAUUCCCCAGUCCGGUACGAAGUAAAAAACGACGUGUAA